AGCUCCUCCCUUUCAGGUCUCUCCAGGGUUAUUGCUUGGUGGGAGGUAGGUUCAGGGCUCGGUGGUAUGAAUGAAAGAGAGAGAGAGAGAGAGGAAAUCUGGACUGAAAAGCUCAAACUGGAAUAGCUCGCCUGUCUCCAGGCAACAGGCCUGACGCAACCGCUGAAAAAAAAAAAAGUCCCUUAAAUUUUUAAAAAAAAAAAAAAAAAAAAAAAAAACAAACCACCAACCACAGCACACACGGAUUUCUGAAGCGAGACAGAGAGGAGGAUGAGACAGACUCCUGAAGGCACUAGUGACACCGCUCUGCAAACCCCAAGUUGGAGCCCCGAGGUGGAAGGAGGGAGCCAAGAUGUCCGUGCGAUUCUCCCUCUGAGCCCGGCCCCGGUGUUCAUCCAAGGUUGAUGUGGCCCUUGAGCAGGAGGAGGAGCUGUGUUUGGCACCCUGUGACACCUGGUCAAACCUUGAGCGUUUCCCAUCCCUGCCCCUGAUCCUUCCCAGCCCACUCAUAUGCCUUGUGACUCCCAGAGAGGAUGUCUGUACCCAAAAUCCAAAUAGAGGAGGCACUGGACAGCAAGGAUGCUGGCCCUGGAGGUGUUCCUCCUCCUGAUGACCACCUGAGGACCCUCAAGGCAUUGACAGAGAAGCUGAGGCUGGAGACCAGGCGCCCUUCCUACUUGGAGUGGAAGGCGAAGCUGGAGGAGCAGGCAUGGAAGAGCCCCCAGCCAGCAGGAGAGGGGGAGGAGGAGGGAACUGAGGCCAAAAAGACCACAGGGGAGACUGUCCCCUUGAGGAAGGUGCAGCUGCAUCUCAAUGGGAGCCCUGCCCAGGACAAGGGGACUCUUUCCUCAGGGAGAAUAGGCGGCUUUGAGAGCAUCGAUGAAGCUUUGACGUGGCUCAGGAAGGAACUGGCAGAGAUGCGCCUGCAGGACCAGCAGCUGGCCAGGCAGCUCAUGAGGCUCCGUGGAGACAUCAACAAGCUGAAGAUCGAGCAGACGUGUCACCUGCACCAGCGGAUGCUCAACGAUGCCACCUUUGAGCUGGAGGAGCGGGACGAGCUCGCUGACCUCUUCUGUGACUUCCCCCUCGUCAACUCCUUCAGCCUCUCCACGCCCCUCAAGCUCAUUGGGGUCACCAAGAUGAACAUCAACUCCCGCCGGUUCUCGCUGUGUUGAAGUGGAGGGGGAGAAGAUGAGGAAGAAAGAGAAGGGACAGGGCUCUUUCUGGGAAAAAAAAGGCCAAAGAGGAGCAGAAGGAACAGGGGCGAACAGGGAAUCCACAGCUGGUCUUGGAGGCAGGGUAGAGCAGCAGACCUGGGCACUGAGCCGCUCAUUGAGGAGACAGGACCUGCAUAGAGGAAGCCUGGAGAGCAUCUGAGCCCAACACAUGCACUUAGCCUGCUCCUUGGCAAAGUCCCUUCUCCUUCUCUUCCCCACACAGUAACUAAGACACAGCUCAGUGGGGUUGGUGUUACUCAAAAAUCAAAGGAGGGGUCAAAGAUCAGCCACAAAACCAAAUCCCUUUUCUCUUCCCCUGUACCUCCUCCCAGGCUGGAUCUGUCUCUUCAGCCAAUGUCCUCCAUGGAUGUCUUCUUGGGUAUCAACCCUCAGCCUCUGCUGGCCCAAGCACAGGGUCCAUGGGGCUAUUUCAGGUGGGAAGCUGAUUUCCAGUGGAGAGGAGCCCUCCCAUCAGGAGAAGGUCUGUGGGUUAAACAGUGUGCAGCCCCAAGAAGUGGUGAAAGUGUGUCUGUUGACUUGCUCCAUUGAGUCCAGGGUAUUUUGGACUCAGUUUUGCUGUGGUAUAGAUUAUGGACUGAUCAUGGACACAUUUAUAUAGACUCCAGCUGUCCAGAAGUCUCCUGUGUGCCCUAGAAGUCAUACCCAGAGUAGAACAGGUUUCUGAUCCUGUUGUCAGCAGCAUCCACAAGACACUGUGUGGCUGUCCCCACAAGCAGCAAGGCAAAGGGAUGCACCCAAGACAUCUCCUAUCAGAGAAAUCACCCCAGCCUGAAAUUCUCCCAACAGCAGCACCAGCAAAUCCUGGAUCCUCCGUAGCAACACACAGCCAUCAGAGGAAGGAACUUCAAGAGGAGAAAAGGGCCUUUUUUUUUGGGUAAUGAACUCAAAAUGUGACUAUAAAAUUGAGGGGAGAAAUAUUGCUGCUAUGAGCUUAGGGCCUGCAGCAAACCCAUGGGGUUCCCUCCCUGCUUAGCAGGGUGUAAGAUGGAAGCUGUAUUUUCUUGCCUUUCAGUGCACACAGCUGCACACCUGCCUGUAUGUGGAACAGAGGGAAGAGACCUGUGGUGCUGCCCAGCAAGGGCAGGGACUCAAGAGGUCUUACCGUGGCAAUCUUGGGACACCUGGCACCCAAGACAGUGUGUUUAGACCAAGUGUGGGUGCCUUUAGGAGCUGGCACCGCUCCUGUCAGACCGGUACAAUCUCUCAACCCUCUCAUGGUGUCCCUGCCCACGGCAGGUGUUGGAACCAGAUGAUCUUUAUGGUCCCUUCCAACCCAAACCAUUCUGUUCAUCACUCCAGCCCAGCUCUGCUCCCUGGGCAGGGAGCUCUUGGCUGAGCAAACCUGACUGUGCCCACCCAGCAGCAGCCUGAGGCCUGGGGAGGAGCAGGAGGUGUAAUCCCAGCUGAGCUGGAAGCUGUGUUGAUGUGCCUGUACCUGGCUGUCUGUAAGCUGUGUGUGUGUGUGUGUAAGUUGUUGUAUGUGUGCAUGUGAGCCCACAGGACACCUCUCUCAGGAGGCUGAGGGGUGGGCUCAUGCCUUUGUUCCGAAAUGUGGCGUGAACCAGAAUCCGAUGAGGCUCCAACGUGCCUGGGAAGAUGCAACGAGGCUUCAAGGCUUGGGGUUCCACAGGGAAUUCAGGGCAAUGCAGAGAAGACAAAUAAUUCAUGUGCCUCCACGGGUCUCCAUGGGAGGGAUAAAUUAACACCAUGAAGGGGUUCAUAUCCAUGUGGGGCUGGGGGCUCUGGAGCUGAAUCCAGUCCUUUAUCCCCGAUAAUACACAACCCCUCAGUGAUACCUCUCCAUCUGCUUCAAAGCUCAUUGAGUAUCUUUUCUUUCUGCUAAGGAAGGAGGAAUUUUAGGCACUGGAGCUUUGUCUGCACCAAUCAGUCCAUCAGCAUCAUGCCUGGGUGUCGAACCUCAUGCUGCCCAGGCAGUGAAGGUUUAUUUGGGUUCUUGGCCUCUGGACAAGACAACCAGCCACAGUGCCAUUUAGUUUACUAGUAAAGAAAUAGCCUUAUUUCCCCAUGGACAUCUUGGAAAAAACGAAAACAAACCACCUCAUCAAAAUUCUUCUUUGUUUACUUUUUUAAUAAAAAUAAAUCCAUUCAUGUCCCACAUGUUGAUUUUCAGAGGCAUUUUCAGUCAAAAUAUAGUAAUGAUGGUUUUUUAGUGAAAAUAAUGCCUUGGAAGAGGGGGAUUGGUUCUCUCUAGGGUCGAAUAGGGUCGACUAGAGUUGAUACAGGGUGGACCUGCCUUUGGGCUCUUGUCUGGUGGCCCAAUGCAGGAGUUAAUACAAGCACAGUCAGAGGAGGUCAUUACACGUGGCAUUAGAAAUAUCAGAUAUCUGAGUUCCAGACAUGUAUUUUCUGCAUUGAGGGGGAUGGGGGAUGGUUAUAACUGCCAGCUGUUUGUUGAAAUGCACAAUUUUUUAAUUAUAAAACUCUGUCUGUAUUGA